AUGACAGUCGUCUGGGCGGGCACGUACUGCGCCACUCUCCUCGCGGACCUGGGCGCGGAGGUUAUCCGCCUCGAAUCCAUAAAGCGUUUGCCGCCCAUCACGCGCGGCUAUAUACCCUUCCCGCCAAAAGAAGCUAUAGAGGGGCUGCCUGCGUUCGUCGCGGCGAUGCCCGGACGAGAACCCGGCAAGCGUCCCUGGAAUCGCUACCCUCUCUUCAAUGCGCAUGGUCGCAACAAGCUGGGAAUUACUGUUGACCUGACACAGCCGUCAGGCAUGGACAUCUUUGAGCGUCUCGUAGCAGUAAGCGAUGCCUUUGUAGAGAACAACGUUACCGAGACGAUGGAUAAGCUGGGCAUAUCUUACGAAAUGAUGCGAAAGAUCAAUCCGCGCAUCAUCAUGCUUCGCAUGCCCGCCUACGGGAACAGCGGCGCAUACCGCGACCAUCGUUCGCUCGGAGUGCAUAUGGAAGGCGUGAUCGGCCAUACGAUAUUGCGCGGCUACGAGGAUAUGGACCAGUCCUCCAGCACCAAUGUGUUCGCGGCCGACGCCGCAGGUGGAGCGCAGGGCGCAUUUGCCAUGUUAGCGGCCCUCCACUUUCGCAAACGAACGGGCAAGGGGCAGCUAAUCGAACUCGCUCAGGCGGAAAACAUGAUCGCUUACACAGGUCGCUUCUUCAUGGACUACUCGAUGAACGAGCGCAAUAGCAGCACAAUUGGAAAUCGCCACACAAGCGCAAUUCAGGGAUGCUACCCAUGCGCCGGAGAUGACCGAUGGGUGAACAUUACUCUUUUCGAUACUGCCGAUUGGAACGCAUUCUGCGGUGCAAUCGGCAGCCCGGAAUGGACGCGCGAUGAACGGUUUAAGACUCAUUCCAGCCGCUAUGAGAAUCAGCGGACGUUGGAUGCCCUCAUCUCUGAGUGGACUCGCCAGCGCGGGCACUAUGAGGUAAUGCACCAGCUUCAGGCGGCGGGUGUAGCUGCCGGACCCAUUAUGGACCAGAGGGACGCCUUCGCCGACCCGCAUCUCCAAGAGCGAGGUAUUUUCGAGGAGGUGUAUCACGAAGAUGUGGGCGGCUCGCACCUUUAUGUGGGUGCGCCCUACAAGAUGUCCGAUAUGCCUAUCAAGAUAAGACGGGGCCCGGUGCGACUGGGCGAAGACAAUGAGUAUGUCUAUAAGCAGGUGCUGGGCGUGAGCGACGAGGAGUAUGCCGAACUGGAGCGCAUGGGACACAUCGGCAUGGACUUCCCGUCGGAUGAAGAAUAG